GGCCUGGAGUUGGACACCCCUGGUCUCGUGUUUGUGUCUACAGUGUGCUGUGCCUCUGCACUGAUCCCCCUCUGUAAUGUCAGCUCCCAAAAGCUUAGAUUUAUACACCUGUGGCCAUGGAAGUGAUCGUAACACCUGAAUUCAAGGAUUUGGAUGAGGAAUUACAGGGAUGUUAAAAUGCCCAAACUCUUAUUUUCAAGGAUUCGACUAUACGAAUUUAAGGAUUUAAUGCCCAACAUGAAGCGGCCACGAAGGAUUGACAUUGUACUGAACUGCAGGCGUAAGAAGGAUAUCCAGUGCGUCAGUGUACAGAAAUGUAAUGAUGAGACGUACUCUUCAAAGCUAAGUUGUCAGACUGACCAUAAACUUCACCUGGAAAAACUGCUAAAGGACAAAAAGUAUUUAGCAGCAUUCCGCUCUUUCCUGCAGUCUGAGUUCAGUGAGGAAAACAUUGAGUUCUGGCUGGCAUGUGAAGAGUUCCGGUUGACUACCUCAUCGGAAGACCUUCAAUGGAGAGCAGAGAAGAUCUACCGGGAGUUCAUCCAGCCUACAGCCUGCAGAGAGAUCAAUGUAGACCAGCAUAUUAGAGAGAAGAUCAAGCAGGCACUGGAGAAACCGAGCGUUUCCUGCUUUGACGAGGCCCAGAAACAUGUUUACCUGCUGAUGGAAAGAGACUCUUGCCCCAGAUUCCUGCACUCAAAUGCCUACCUGAGUCUAAAUCGCAAAUCCAGGACUCUGUGGUACCUUUAAAUAGUUACCAUGCCUGUUUUCUAUUCACCUGCUCAGAAAACGUUAUUUCACACUGGAUCAACUAAUUUACUGUUUCACUCUAAACCCAAACAUAAGACAAUAUUUUUUUAACAGGGUGCAAUAUCAUUUUUUCUCUUUGUACUGAUAAAAUUCCGUGGACUAAAAUACAGCAAGGCAAACACAAUGACAGAAAAGUAAUGUGAAUGUGGAGAUAUGUAUGUAUAAAGAAUGCCGUUGGUAUGUGUUAGUACUUUAGAUGACUUUGCAGAGUUCAAGGAUCUUUGAAAUGCUGUAUGUGUUAACUGAAAGUCUAGGUUACUUAAGCUUGUUUUUGAUGUGAGAUUUUAGGACUUCUUGCCCAAAUUUGGCUAAUUCUGUCAGUAACUGUAGUCAUUCAUCAUCUAUAACUAUUCUUUUUAUUCCAAUAUAGUCAGAAUUAUAUUUAUCUGACUGACUAACUGAGACAUGGGGAAGGGCAUGAGUCAAAAUAAAGGAGAACAGUUUCCACAGCUUACCCAGCAAAGGGAUUCUGUUUUCAGUCACAUGUCUACUAUAUCCUUUAAUUAGGUGUGGGGCUGACUCUGUACACCAACAUCAGGGUUUACUAAACUGGAAAAAAGUAACCCCCCACACUAACCCUUGAUCCCACUCUGUUCUGUAAACGGCCUUAUUCCUAAAAAUUGUGCCUUAAAAAGGAGUACUGAGGCAGCUAAUAAUAACUCAAGGGCUUAAAUGACAACACAGGAGUCAUCAGACAACCUGAUGCGUAACAGAUCAGCCCUCAAUGUGCUGCCUUGUUAGGGGAAUAAUCUCAUCACCCACAGACAAUGGCUGGGGAAAAUACAUGUGAAAAAA